AUGCCGCCAAAAGUGGCCAAAGCUCCGCAGCGCAGCGCCGGCGCCAAAGCUGCGCUUACGCGCCUGAUUCGCUCAUAUGGCCCCGAGACGCCUGCGCGGCUUAAGCUGAUUGAUGCCUUUUUGCUUUUCCUGUUUGUCACGGGCGUCGCGCAAUUUGUGUACUGCGUACUCCUGUCUGAUUAUCCGUUCAAUGCAUUUGUCGCUGGAUUUGCGGCAACCGUGGGACAAUUUGUUCUGGCCAUGUCGCUGCGUAUUCAGACGGACCCCAAGCAGCGGAGUAGUGCCGGGGACAAGACACCCGAGCGCGCGUUUGCCGAAUUCCUGUUUGCAUCCGUGGUGCUGCACUACUUUGUCGUCAGUUUCCUUGGUUGA